AUGGGCAGCCCGUCCCCGUCACUGCUGCUGGCACUGCUGAGUGUGGCCGCGGUGGCCUGCCUGAUGCUCCUCAACAUGCACACGCACCAUCACCAUCACCAACAACAGCUCAUGCAGCGCGACCUCCUCACCAAUGACCCCACCAGCCUGCAACAGCAGCGCCGCCCACCGCCAGCCCUGCUUCCCAAAAUGCCUGCAGGCAACCCUGUCGUCGCAGGUGCGGCCGAUACCGGUGCCGGUGCCGUUGCUGCUGACAUUAGCGUCAACCGUCUCGCUCACGCUCAAAACAUCAACAACCACAUCAACAACGACAACAUCAACAACGACAACAACGACAAUAACAGGGGUGAUACCCGCGCCCCGGCUCGCGUACCCCCAGAGGAACAGCAGCAAGCUGUGGCAGAUGUUGUGGAUGCUGCCCUGGACAAGCACCUGCGCGAACAGCGUCGCAUGCUGCAAGAGCAGCUUGCCCAGUUCAUGGAGACCCUGAAGGCGCUGGACAGCGACAGUCGGUCGUCUGUGCUCAAGGAGAUACUGGCCAGCGUGAACAAACAAGACGAGCGCAUGGCACAGCUGGAGGAGAAGCUGAGCCGGCUCGAGACAGCCGUGGUGGAGCCCAUGCAGACCAGCCAGGAGAAGCUCGACGCUGCGCUGAAGCAGCUGCAGGAGAUCAAGGAGCAGGCUGGCUCCCUGACAGAGGCCUUCAACCGGCACUACGGCUACAAGGAGGAGCCGCUGGACCUGGCGGCGCAGCAGAACGAGCAGGGGCCAACCCCGCCCCCGGAGCCCAGGGUGCCCAUGGAGGAUUUCGUCAUGCUGGUGCACCUGCACCUUGUCGGCAACAUCACGCACGAGGAGUUUGAGGAUGCGCUGGGCAUCAACACCACCGCAACGCAGGAGAUUCUGUCCUGGCCCAGCCUUGACGAGCCGCGCGAAGACGGGCAGAACCCAGCCAAGGCGCGCUACUUCCAGAUGCUGGACGCCAAGUACCCAUCACGCAUCCAGGCAUCCACGCUUGCGCACGAGUGGUGCAUUGAGCGCAACGGGUCCGGCACCAACUUCAUCCUCAACCACUGCAUGCUCGGCGGCAGCUACCAGCACUGGCUGCUGGACUCGCUGGGGCGCCUGCACACGGCGUUCGACCAGGGCGACUGCCUCGACGGCACGGGCCUGGCGGUCGGAGACGACCUCGUCGCCAACAGGUGCACGAGGAAGGCAAAGGGCCAGCGCUGGAACUACGUGCGCCCUGGCGCGCAGUCCCAGGCCGGGUUCCUCAUCAACCGCGAGACAAAGCUGUGCAUUGACGCCAACGACGUGCUGCAGGCGUGGAACGCCACGCACCGCCCGCGUGUUGUCGUGCGGCAGUGCGACGCCAGCUGCACACAGCUGUGGACCAUCUCCGACAACGUCACAACCAUCUUCGACCUCAUGCCCAGUGCGGACGAGGCACGCGCCAUGAUCAGGCACAAGGAGGAGCAGCUUGCGGAAUCGAAGCGCACGGGUGCCAGCCUUGGCCUCAUCUACGAGCGAGAGGCAGAUGAACAGCUGUCGCGCGCCAAGAGCAAGAUGGAGGCAGCGGGCAAGGAUGCCUCGACCGAAAACGCCGAGAAGCGGGAUCGUAUCGCGUGCUGGGUGAUGACCAACCCAAAGAACCACCACACCAAGGCCCUUGCGAUCAACUCGACGUGGGGCCGGGAUUGUGAUUUGCUGCUGUUCAUGACAACCAAGCACCAGGCUGGGCUGAACACGAUUGUGCUGUCGCUUGGCGAGGAGGAGGACCGCCACUUUCUCUGGCGCAAGAGCAUCAUGUCGUGGGGAUUCAUGUAUGCGCACCUCAUUGACAAGUACGACUGGUUCAUUCGUGCUGACGACGACACGUUCUUCAACAUGGACAACCUCCGCUCCUUCCUCAAGGGGUAUUCGCCAAAGGACCCCCACUUCUUUGGGCGCCGGCUGAAGAUCAACGACGACGAGUUCUAUUCCGGUGGAGCAGGCACCAUCCUCUCCCACAAUGCCCUGAGCCAGUUUGGCGAGGCCAUGGAAGACGACAUCUUGGGGGUGGUCCGUGCUGGCGACACAUUUGCAGACGACAUGGAGAUUGCCGUGUCGAUGCGGCGGCUGGGCAUUCCCACGGAAGAUACGCGGGACGAGCAAGGGCGCGAGCGCUUCUUCGUGCUGACGUUGACGGACGAGCGUAACACGUACCGCGCCAACGACCCCGGGUUCUGGUACUUUGAGUUUUCGUACUACUCACCGAAGGAAGGGGAGGACAGCAGCAGCCCGUGGUGGAUUGCGUCGCACUACACGGCGCCGCCCACCAUGAUGCUCAUGGAGGCCAUGCACGAGCUCAAGUGCGAGGCGGCAGGGCAGCACCCGUGGCGGGCGAAAGUGCAGGCUCCGACGCCAUAA